AUGAAGACCUUCUCGGUAGCUCUCCUUGUAGGAGCAGCCUCACAAACCCUCGCAUACAACAUCCACAGCAGUUGUGACUGCGGUGAUCAUCGCGAUGAUAUCAAAAAUGCAAUGGAAGAAGCAAAAGCCGUGCUCAGUUGGUCAAGUCUCACAGGAACAGCCUGCGCAAUGUGGGAGCGAACGCACGAGGCGGGCGAUGAACCACAAUCGAUGUAUGAGACUUGCAAAGACCAAGGAAGGCGCAGUAUCCUAGAUGACUUCUUCGGGGACCACAGCGCCACAGCGUAUGAGGCUAUUGCCAAUGCGCUUGGUCCAGCAUCCAAGGUCCCAGGUGACUAUUCGGAAUCCGUGGAUGAUCUCACCAUCGUUUGUGGAGAUAGUCAUCUGAAGAAGAUCACCACGGGCGUGUAUCGAGACCAAGAUAGAGGGUAUGCGGAUGUGAGAUAUAACCCUGCGCCGGGACCUAAUCAAAGUCCCUGCGAUGUUGUCCAGGCUACUGCGUAUACAGCCUUGGGCAAGAAUGUCAUUAUGCUCUGUAACAGAGACUACACUGGAGUCAAUCAGCAGCCGACAUUCAGCCAGUUGAACACGCGUGAUGUUCGGGGGAAGAGUGUGGAUUUCCUAUCCAAGACGAUCAGUUCAGUUUUCACGCACGAGCUGAUCCAUACCGGUAAUUUCGAUCAAUUCCCGAGGUCUCUUGGUGAUGGAACAAGCGAAAAGUAUGAGUAUGCUGGAUGUAAGGAGCUGGCGGGUGGAGAUUUGAAGUGGAAGAACUGCGACACAUUUGCCAUCAUUGCACGAAUGUUCUACCUCAACAACUAUUAUUCCAAGGACGGCACACUGACAGCGCUACCUACUCGCCUUCGGCCCAAGUAUCCAAACCCUGCACAAUAG